UCCAUCCUAUCCUUUGUUUAUUUAUCUUGUUUUAUUAUCAUUAUCAUAAUCAUCUCAUUCGUUUUCAUAUUUGUUUCUGUUUGCAUCAUAAAAACUCUAAAACUCAUAAAAAUCGGUUCUCUUUGUUUUCAGGUUGAAACCUUGGUUCCACCAUUCUAUCCAUUCGUGGGUUACCCCCCCUGUGCCUACAACAUUUUGGUAUCAGAGCUUAAGCUCCUGACUCAGGUGAUAUCUAUCCUUGCAUCUCAUACUUGCUUGCAUUUGUUUUUCCAUUCAUAAACCGAAAAUCCAUAAAAACCGUUUCUUUUUGUUUCAAGUUUUGUUUCUUCAUAUUUUUCUGUUCUUGCUGUUCAUCAUUCCUAUAAACCAGAAAAGAAAAAGAAAGAAGAAGUUUUUAAGUAGUUUGAUCCACGAAAAUUCAAAAAAAAUUAGUCAUAGUGUUUGCAUUCAUUAGUUUCCAUAUAAGAAAACCCAUAAAAAAAUCUGCAUUUAAGUUGUUUCCAUUUUUCUUUUGCUUUGCAUAUCAAGUUUAAAAAUCAUCCUAGUUAUUUUAUUAGACCAUUUUAGUUAAAGUAUUUCGUGCAUAUUAUAUUGCUGCAUUUCAAAAAAAAAAAAUCAUUCAUCAUAAGUUUGAAUCAUUUGUUCCAUAUAGAUAGGUUUAUUGCAUUUAUUAAACUAAAAACUCAAAAAAGAAAUAUCAUUAUUAGUUUGUUUCCAUAUAUUCUUUCCAUUUAUUGUUCAUAAGCAUCCUAUACUGAUUUAUUUCGUGCUUGCAUCAAGAAAAUCAAAAGAAAAAUCAUUUUGCAUAAUUAAUUUCAUUUCGGUUCACAUUGGCAUAUUUUUUCGGUUUAGUUUUAAUAGAUUGCAUUUUGUUUACAUAUUUUGGUUCGACCUAAACUUCCCAUAUCUUCACUUGCUCUUUGAGAUUGUUUUCAGGAAGCUAUGGCAGGAGAAAUCCAGAGACAACUUCUCAAGGAAAACCAAACUCUUUUGGCAGACUUAAAGAAAGUAAAAGAUCAGAUUGCUCGGUUGAAAAAAAGACACAAGGCACAAGGCCAACGACCACAGCAAGGAGAAAGAAGAUUUGGAGAUGCACCAGAAGCUGUCUAUCUCGAGCCCAAGCCACCAGAUCCUUCAUGGAUCAGUCAACAGCCAACUUCUCAAACCCAUAUUCAUCAUGUUGCUAAUUCUCGGUUUGAUCAUAAAUCUUUUGCUGAUAAAAUUGAACUCUUUACAUUUUCAGGAGAAAGAAGCUACCUAUUUUGGGAGAGGAACCUUGAUGAAUGGUUUCACUACAACAAAAUUCUGAAAGAAGAGAGACUAUCUUAUGCCAUUGAUCAACUAAGAGGUAAUGCCUUUAAAUGGUGGGUACAAGAAGAAGAUGAUAGAUGGUUUUACAAGGAGCCAGCUAUCAAAACGUGGAGAGAUCUUAAGGAAGUCAUGAGGGAUGAAUUUGCACCAGAACUCACAAGUUCUAAGAUCCAAAAGAUAUACCCAAGGAGGUAUCUAACUCAUGGUUCCAAAGAAAAACCAGAAACUGUUAUUGUCCAAGUAGAGGCUAAGGUAAGUCCUAUACUUGAUAAAUCAGUUAAUGAAUCAUCUACCACUUGUAUGAGUCACUUGUCUUUGUCAAAAGGUGAUGUAACAGGAACUAAGGAGCAUGAAUUGAAAGGAGAGGGCCACCACGCGCCACACCUGUGAUGGACCAGAAGAUGGUUCAAGACACAAUGCAGUCCAUGUUGCUUAAAGAAGCAAAACCAGUAAAUGAAGUAUCAUACCAAGGUAAGUGUCUAACACCACCUAGAGAUACUAGUACUGAUGUGUGUGUUCUUGAUGUAGGGUGUAAAAAUGAAAGCUAUCUGCUUACUGAAGUUCCACAGAAGGAACCAGACCAUAAGCUCAGUCAUGAACCACCUCACAAGUGGAAACCAAAAUCUAAACAAUGGAUUGUUCAAAUUCCAAAACCUAUGAGUGUUGAGACUAUUUCAGGUUGCCAAGAAGAAAGCUUUAAAGAAAUCCCACCGGAUAAUCUUAUGUUGCUAGGAGAAUCAACUCCAAGGAAGAACAGAAAUGUGGCCACCAAAACUUUGAAAGACCAUCCACUCCAGAAGAGAUGUAAUGGCCAUAACCAUAGCAGAGGCGUGAUCCUUUCAAAUCUUUUAGCGUGCUGAGUCCAAGGACCAACGUCCUGAUACGUGUACUGAUGGACAGCCACGGACGUCCUGUGUGUGCUGAUGGACACACACGGACAGCCACAGACGUCCUGUGUGUAGUGAUGGACACACACGGACGUCCUGUGUGUGCUGACGGACACCCACAGACGUUGUGUGUGAACUGAACAGACAGC